UAUGCAAUCUUAUGGGACACUGCUGGCUUGUUGCAUGGUUGUGUACUGAGCAAGGGCUAUUUAAAGGGAAAGCCAAUGGUAUAAUCCUCGUGUACUUGAGGCAUAGAGUCGUGCAUAGAAUACCGUGGACCGUGGUGCACACUGCACACCACCGAGACUGGCCCUUAGAUGCUCCUUCCAGUUCGCCAUGGCGGUCGUAGCUGCGCUUCAGAGAGCAUGGGUGUUAGUCAGCCAUGGCGAACUCGUUGGCUUGCUCACUCCACUUCACGUCGUAAUGGCAUUUACCCUGGGUGCCGGCGUGGUCAUGCUGUGGCGGGUUUGCCGGUCGCGGGACGUGUACCUCGUGGACUACGGCUGCUUCCUGGGGGAGCCACGCCACAGGGUCCCGUUCGCGAUGGCCCUGGAACACGGACGCCUCAUGACCUGGUUCGUCGAUGAUGAGAGCACCAAGUUCAUGGUUCGGCUGUACGAGCGGUCCGCAAUCGGCGAGGAGACCAGCGUCCCGGAUUCCUACCGUUACAUGCCCCCCGAGCGCGGCGUCGAGGCCUCACGCGAGGAAGCCGAGCUGGUCAUCUUCUCCGCCGUCGACAAGGCAUUUGCCCGGAGCACGCUGAACCCCGGGGACAUCGACACGCUCAUCGUAACCUGCAGCUUCACCACGCUGACGCCGGAGUUCGCCGACGUCAUCGUGAACAGGUACAAGCUCCGCGCCGAAGUGCGGAGCGUGAACCUGUCCGGGAUGGGUUGCAGCGGGGCCCUCAUCUGCGUCGGCCUCGCCAAGAACCUCCUGCAGGUGGCGCCGCCGGGGAGCCAUGUCCUGAUCGUGGCCACCGAGAUCCUGUCGUCGAUGUUCUACACCGGAACCAAGCGCGAGAUGCUCGUGCCCAACGUCCUCUUCCGCAUGGGCGCCGCCGCCAUAAUCAUGUCCAACUCGCCGGAGCGCGCCCGCUUCCGGCUCGGCCCCAUCGUCCGCACGCUGACCGCCGCGAAGGACGGGGACUACCGGUGCGCGUUCCAGGAGGAGGACGACGAGGGGAUCACGGGCAUCAACCUCUCCAAGGACCUGCCCGUCGUCGCCGCGAACGCGCUCAAGAGCCACAUCAUAGCCUUCGGCCCCGCCGUCCUGCCCGUUUCCGUGCUCCUCCGGGUCGCGUUCUCCUUCCUCAGGCACAGGUUCUCGAGCGGCGAGGCGCGCGCGGAGGAGAGGUGCUACCGCCCGGCCUUCCACAAUGUGUUCCAGCACUUCUGCAUCCACCCGGGCGGGCGCAGGGUGCUCUACGAGGUCCAGCGCGGCCUCGGCCUCUCCGACGGCGACAUGGAGGCGUCGCACAUGACGCUGCACCGGUUCGGGAACAUGGCGAGCAGCUCGCUGCUGUACGAGCUCGCCUACAUCGAGGCCAAGGGCCGGAUGAGCAAGGGUGACCGGGUGUGCAUGAUCUCCUUCAGCCCCGGUAUAGACUGCAGCAGCGUCGUGUGGGAGUGCAUCAAGGCGGCGGCAGAGCCCGGCGACGGGCCGUGGGCCGGCUGCAUCCACCGCUACCCUGUGCAACUUCCCAAAAUUCUCAAAAGGACUUGAAGGUAGUCGUGUUCGAGCAUCAUCACGCAUGCAUCCGAUCAACAAGUGCAUGUGCUCUGCUUGCGUGCAACUACCUAGCCGCAUAGCACUAUUGGGCACGUAUGUGUCAUGCAUAAAUGUGUACCAAACCAAAUAAAAACCAACAUCUACGGGUUGAUUCAGCAGAGGACUCCAUCCAUCAUCUAGUUACACUACUAAUACUAUACAAAUAAAUCUGAGUUUUUAUUGCCGUC